CCCCCAGUUUAAUUUGGUGGUAAGUGGUAAACAGAGGAAAGGAUAAUAGCUUUUGAUCUAGCUAGUAGCACACAAUAUGGGAAGAUCCCCAUGCUGCGAUGAGAAUGGCCUUAAGAAAGGUCCCUGGACUCCCGAAGAAGAUCAAAAGCUAGUCCAACAUAUUCAGAAACAUGGCCAUGGUAGUUGGAGAGCCCUCCCUAAGCAAGCUGGUCUCAACAGAUGUGGAAAAAGUUGUAGGCUAAGGUGGACUAACUAUUUAAGGCCUGAUAUCAAGAGGGGGAAGUUUUCUCAAGAAGAGGAGCAAACAAUUCUGCAUCUCCAUUCCAUCCUUGGAAACAAAUGGUCAUCAAUUGCAACCCACCUUCCAGGCAGGACAGACAAUGAGAUCAAGAAUUUCUGGAACACUCACUUAAAGAAAAAGCUGAUUCAGAUGGGUUUUGAUCCAAUGACUCACCAGCCUAGAACUGACCUUGUUUCCACCUUGCCAUAUCUGCUAGCUUUGGCUAAUAUGACAGACCUUAUGGAUCAUCAUCAGACAUUGGAUGAACAUGCUAUGAGGUUGCAAGCAGAGGCAGUCCAGUUGGCAAAGCUUCAAUACCUUCAUUAUCUAAUCCAAUCCUCAAACUCCUUGAGCACCACCAACUCCUAUGACCAAAAUGCCACCACCACAACCAACAUGGAACCUACUGCUGCUUUCAGUUUGUUGAACUCAAUCUCCAAUGUGAAAGAGGAUCCAGUCAUGUUGCAACAAGAUGAUACUCCUGGUGCCUCAUUUUCUCAUGGCAUUGCUAGCUCUCAACCACUCCACCACCCAAACGUGCUACCUCACCCUUUAGACCCACAAGUCUCUUUCAGUUCUCAAUCAUGUUUGAAUAGCGAGAUGGGUCAAGGUACUAACUUUGCAAUCAUAAGUCAAGGGGAUCACACGGUUGAUCAUGACUACUCUUCCUGGAUUAUUCCAUCUAUUACUCCUCCAAAUUCAAUAGGGACCUCAGCUAACAAUCCAGGAGACGCCAGCAGCAGCACUUCUAGCUAUGCAGGAGGACCCUCUUCUUAUUGGUCUGAACUACUUUUUGAGGACCCCAUCUUGCAUGAGCUAUCUUAGUAUUUUAUUUCAAAGAGGUUGAAUUAUGGUGUGUGUUAUGCCUUGUUUGCUUCUUCCCACUUAAUUAAUUAGCCCAUAUAUAUAUAUAUAUAUAUAUGCUCUAGUAUAGGUACAUAUAGAUAUGUAUGCCCUUUUACAUCCAUAAAUUCACAUGAUCAAUACAUGUUUUGUACAUAACUCCCGGACAGUUACAUCAAGCUAGUUUGAAUGUCACUUUGACAGUAUCGUUUUCAGCAGUUAUAUAUAUCUAAAUUCUCUUUGCUCAAAUAAAA